AUGCAGUAUAACAAUUUCAGUUCGGUGACUGAGAUACUACUCUUGGGAUUUCCGGGAUUUAAAAGUUUCAAGAUUUUCUUCUUCCUUCUGCUACUAAUCAUCUUCUGUCUGACACUAUGUGGAAACCUUCUGAUCAUAGUGUUGGUGUCCUGCAGUAGCCAACUUCACUCCCCCAUGUAUUUCUUCCUCACCCAGCUGUCCUCAUCAGACAUCUUACUUACGACAAGUAUUGUUCCAGUCAUGCUCCGUGCUGUAUUGUAUGAAGGAAGCACCAUAUCUUUUAUAGGCUGCUUGGCUCAAUUUUAUGUUUUUACAGCCUCAGAAGCAUUAGAGUGUCUUCUCCUUACAGUGAUGUCCUAUUAUAGAUACCAGGCCAUUUGUAACCCCUUACAUUAUGCAUCUGUAAUGGACCGUGCUUUUUGCCUAAACAUAGUUCUAUGCUGUUGGCUGUUUGUCUGUGCCAUAAUACUGAUGAUUUCCCUAACAAUGAAUCAGCUGCAGUUCUGUGGGCCGAACAUCAUUGACCAUUUCUUCUGUGAUUUUGCUCCUCUCCUUAAACUAUCUUGUUCAAACACAUUAGUAAUUGAAUUGGAAAGUGUUUUAUUAUCAAUACCUCUUGUUAUAUGCCCAUUUACUGUAAUCAUUAUUUCAUACACAUAUAUUGCUUUCACCAUCCUAAAAAUACCUUCCGUUACUGGGAGACAGAAGACCUUCUCCACCUGCAGCUCUCACCUCUCUGUGGUAUCUGUAUACUAUGGAUCACUUAUUAGUAUCUAUUUAUUUCCACAUCAGGAAGUUCUAAAUAAAGUUCUGUCUCUGUUAUACACCGUUGUAACUCCCCUGCUUAAUCCUAUAAUAUAUAGCUUGAGGAACAAGGAUAUUAAGGAGAAUUUCAAAAAAUUAUUGGCUAAUUUAUCUACCUCCUGCCACUCAUGA